CACCCUGUCACGGGUUUAAACUUCGCUUCCUUGUACCCUAGCAUAAUUAUGACUUACGACCUCUCACCAGAGAAGAUGAUCUCAACACUUUCCGAAGCAAAUGAGUUAAAGAGAAAAUAUAACGGUAAACCUGGACCAUACGGCAUGAAAAUAAACCUGAUCAGAAAGCUAAGG